ACUUUUUUUUUUGUUUGUUUUUGUUUCUACUUUUGUGUCAUGUCUUUACUGCACUUUGGUGCACUAAGGCUUUUCAUCAUGUGGCAACUGGUCCUGGCUUUUCCCAUUCCAGGGUUCAUUGGGAACCCACGCCAGUUGACUUCAGAGCCCUGGGUCCUAACCAAACUCUGGUCUUGGCACCCUUCUGAUCAUCCACCUAAAUCCCCACAUACUCGAGCAUCGGAGACAGACAAAGGGGGCACUGAGUAUCUGGGGCCCCCUGCUCCCAAAGAGAUGUUGGCCCCACUUGAGGAGUUGACUGACAGUUUACCUCUAUUCCAGGACCCCAGCACUUCUCGGGAGUCGAACCCAGAGCCUGUGGAACUUGGUGUUUCACAUCAGCAUCUGACCAACAAGCUGAUACCACCUGGGAAGCAGCCAGAGAAUAUUUUAAUGCUAAAUUGGGAUCAAAUUCAGGCUCCCAUUCUGCGUUCACAGUUCAAAAGUACUGCCAGUCUAGCUGAGGCUGCAGAUCAUCAGUUGGAUGCAAUACUUGUUCCGCCACUAGACAGCCAGAGAUCAAAAGCAACAACCUUCAUGGUUUCACCCAAGGAGUUGAAGAAAGAUUUAACUCAGCACAGGAAACUUGCUAAGGUGGUUGAUGGAAAACCUCAAUUUCACAAACAAACCAAGGAUGAUGAUUAUUAUGGUGACCUGAAUAUGAAUGAAGGUUAUUCUAACAGCCUUCCUCUGCAAUCCCAGGAAAAUGCAGAUGAAGCUCCAGAGUUCCUAGAGCAGGAUGAACCUGACCAGUUGGAGACACAAGUUCAAAAUACAGAGAAUCUCCAUCAGGAAGCUCCAGAUUAUUUCCCACAGGAAGAUGAACCUUUAAUGCAAAGAGAAGACUCAGCUCACCAUCAGCUUCCUUCUGAGGAACCAUCAGUUCAUCCUGAAAUACGUGGUCCACCUCCAAAUAGAAAUGAAGCUCAGCACUCAAACCUGCCAAAUGUGACAGUGAAUCCUGUGGCUUCAGAGGCAGAUAAGGAGGUACAAGCUACUCUGGGCCGGCAACAGACCCUAGCCCAGUUUCCAGAGAGUUCUGAGUUGUUGGAACCUUCAUCAACCCAACAAGAGGCCCCAGCUCAGAUUUUAGAGCUUCCUGAAAACCUUGAAAAUUCUGGUAUCCAGCUAGAAGUUCCAGCUCUGCCUCCAAAGCUCCCUGAAGAAAUCAGUCCUCUAGUUGAGCAAGGGGGUACAGUUCCAGUUCCGGAAUCCUCUAUGCAGGGUAUAGCUGAAGCUCCAGCAGCAACCAUUCCAUAUCCCACUCAGCAUCAAGCUCACCAUGAUACUUUGCCCAUGUUUACAGUCAAACCUCCAGAUGUAGCACUCACAAUAACUUCUGAACCUUUUAAGGAAGUUGAACUGCCUCCAGCUCAGGAGGAGACUCCAACUCAGACUCCAGGUCCUCUUGUGCAAGCUGCACAUUAUCCUAGCCUGGAACAGCAUCCAGAUGAACUUUCUGAAUCUCCUGCAGAGAUUGAAUCAUCUGAAAGUGGCCUGGAAUUCCCAAUUCAGCUUCCAGAGGAAGCUGAGGAAGAGGAGGAGGAAGCUUCUCUAAUUCAGCAGAAUCUUCUGGAGGAUGAGUCUUCUAUAGAACUAGAGCAGCCAGCUCAACCUUCUGAGCCUCUUGAGGAGGUAGGAUCAGGUCCUGGAAGUCAGCCAGAAGUCUUAGUUACACCUACAGAACUCCCUGAAGAAGCCAUGCCUCCAACUGAGCAAGCACCUCCCCUUCAAGUUGUUGAGAAUGUCGUUGAAACUCCAUCAAUUCACCAAGUGACAUUCCAGCCAACUCAGAGUGAAGAGCACCAUUAUCACUUGCCACAUGUUGUAUUUAGGCCUGUGGAUGUGGCACUUACCAUAACUUCAGAACCUACCAAGGAGAUGGAAUCUUCUCUGACGCAGCAGGAGUCCCCAGUACAUCCUCUAGAGUGCCCUGGAGAGGAGGAACCUUUUUUCAGUGAGCAGGAACAGCCAGCUGAACCUUCUGAACUGGAAAUUCCAACUCAAUCCUCAGAACAUGCUCUAACCCAACAAGAACAAGCAACUCUGUCUUCAGAACAUCAUGAAGUGACUGUUUCAUCCUCAACUCACCAUCAGACUCACCAUUCAAGCUUAUCCUCUCUACGUGUUCAACCUCCGGAUAUGCAGUUAACCAUAACACAAGAACCCACCACAGAGGUGGGCCCUCCUCCUGUGCAUCAUGAGGCUAUAGUUAAACCAAAUAGAGUCCCGGAAAAGGAUGUGGGCACUUCUACAACCCAGUAUACCAAUCCAGCUGUAACUCCAGAGCCUUCUGAAGGGAUCAAACCCUUAUCAAAUCACCAGGAGUCUCCAGUUCAAUCUCCAGAACCUGUUCAGUAUGAAAACCAUUCUCUAAACCAGCACGGGGGCACAGAUGAGAAUCCAGAGCUCCCAGAGGAGCUUGAACCUUCUUCAGCCCAGCAGGAGACCCCAGUGCAAACUCAAGAGCUCCCUCAUGAAACAGUUCAACCUCCAGCACACCAGGAGGCAGCAGGUUCUGACCUGGUUCCUAGUCAAGUUCAUCUUCCAGCACCACACAGUGUCCCAGCUAAGCCUCCAGAGUUGAUUAAUGGGGUUGGAACUUCAAGCCAACAAGGGUCUGAACCUUCGAAAGACCAGCAAGAAGUUAUAACUCAGCCUCCAACCCUCCUUGAAAACCAACAGCAUUCUUCAGUUCAUCCAGAUGUCCCCACCCAGCCUGAAGAGCUUCCUGGGGAAGUUUCUUCAGGGCAACAGGGGAACAUAUCUCCACCCAUAAAGCACCCUUUGGGUACAGAAUUGUCACCAUAUCAGCAAGAACUCCCAAAUAAACCUCAAGAACCACCUAAAGAUUUUUUUCUUCCUCCACUGGGAGAUACCCUGUACUUUUCACCUGAAGAUCUAGAAGCAAUAUUCAGACAUGAGCAUUCAAUAUUGCAUAAAACCAUAGUCAAACAUCCAAACCAAGCACGAACCAGAGCUCCAGAGUCCUCUUUGAAAGUUUACUCC